GACGAGAUAUGAUAGCAUUCCUUGAAAAUAUCAUACUAACACCAUAGUGGUUGCUGCAAAACAUAAUGCGGGGCAUAUCACUGAUUGCGGGCGGUGGGGCUUACUUUGGUGGGCGACCAGGCUUCAACCGCAUCCGUAAGACGAGGAGAAAUGACAUUCGGCGUUCAGCAAGCUCAGCGACCGCGCCCGGUGGCCAGCCAAGCUACUGGCAGAAAGUCGCGGGCUGGGAGGCGCCUCUAAAGGCAGCCGUGACGUCGGGCACGUUGUCGGGGCUCGGCGACCUGUUGGCACAGGGCCUGCUAAGCCAGACCGCCGCGCGCGAGGGCAAGCCCGCUCCCGCCUACGACCCGCUGCGCACGCUGCGCAUGUUCGGCUACGGCUUCACGUGGUACGGUCCCUGCCAGUACUACUGGUACAACCUGCUUGACUUCCUGAUGCCGGUGAAGACCACCGCCACCUUCCUGGGCAAGGUGGCAGCCAACCAGCUCAUCCUGGCGCCCAUCACGCUCACGUCUGUGUUCGGCUUCAACCUGGCGCUGACGGGCAAGGCGGACCUCAUCGGGGACAAAAUCCGCAACGACCUCUGGCCGACCAUGCAGAACGGCUGGAAGUUCUGGAUCCCUGCGGCUUCCAUAAACUUUUAUGCCGUACCGCUCAAGUACCAGGUUCUGUACAUGUCCGCGUGCGGCGUGCUGUGGACCGCAUACCUGUCCUACGCGAGCAACAUGCCGCAGGCGGCGCCUGCACCGGUAGCGGCUGAGGCAGCGCCCGCCAAGUCGUGCUGUAGCGGGAAGAAGGCCAAGUGAGAAGCCAAGAGAUGGCAGAUGCAAUAGCAGGGAGGGUGCAGCGUGUCGGGGUUCGCGCAGCGUUGUUGGCUUAGUAGGGGAGCGCAACCGAUAAUUGGCCACUACACCUCAACAUUUGACUUAUAUGGCUAAGGCGCCGGUGCGGCUGUGGAGCCACUGUGGGGCCAGCAUGCAUAUUCGUGACCAAGUGAGCAAUGAGUCAGACUUCGCCCAGACGGUGGCUUUGACACGCAUGGACGUGCGUAGUGUGCGGCUUGACUCUGUGUCAGAGGAGGGAAGUACUUGUGAGCUUAUCAGGGAGGCUGCACUCUAUGGCGAUGAAUAAUGGAUGAACAAGCGGGGCUGGUGGCGCUGUCAAGUGGCGCUGUCGAAUGGCACGGGGUGCAAUUCGCUCGGCCGGAUUGGCAUGCAUGGACGCGGGCCUGAAUCGGAGGCAUAUGCUUGAUGGUCGCGUCAGCAUUUUAUUUAGCAGGGCCCUAUAUUGCAAAGACCCAUUAGGUCGCAUAUCAGUUGUCACAGAC